AUGUGUGAAUUGUUCCAAACAAGUUUGUUCUGGCCGUUGCAUGACAGGUACUUCCACAGCUGUGGAAACGGUAAUGGCAUCAACCACAGCAGCAACAACAACGACAACCAAAGCGACAACACCAUCCACAACAAGAACGAAAACAACAACGACAACCAAAGCGACAACACCAUCCACAACAAGAACGAAAACAACAACGACAACCAAAGCGACAACACCAUCCACAACAAGAACGACAACAAUACCGACAACAAAGGCGACAACCCGAAGCACCACAAGAGCGACCACAUCCGCGACAACAAGAACCUCGACGGCAAGAACAACGAGAAGUACAACAAUGGUGACAACGAGAAGAACAACAGCGACAACGAAAACAACAACACGUGCGACAACAAAAAGCACGACAACAGCGACAACAAGAACAACAAGAGCGACAACAAGGGCUACAACAACAAAAACAACAACACGUGCGACAACAAGAAGGACAACAACAGCGACAACACGAACAACAAGAGCGACAACAAAGGCGACAACAAUGGCAACAACCACGGCGUCUACUACAACGAAACCAAAGAAUCCGAUGCUUACAGAGACCUGAACACAGCCGCCGGUCAGGACGCGGUCAAGGAUUUCUGGAGUUUCAAACUGCGCCACUAUGGACUCCUCAACUUCCGGGUGCACGAUGCCUUUGUUAGCCACAACAUUGCCGAAGACUACGUAAAGCUCCUGAAGGUGAUCAAUAUCAACCCCAUCUUCAAUCUCACAGUCAACUGCCUUCAAUGCUGCUUCCUUCAGUUUGAUGAUAUUCAAGCUUUCCGUGAGUUCACCCGCGGUUGCAUCCGAGGAACCCUGUAA